UGAUGCCGCUGUACGUACGUAUAUCCCUCUUCAGUCUUCUCUCCGUGAACACAAAAAUCUCUCUUGGUUCCUGGAUGGAUAUUGUUUUUUGAGCAAACGUUCCAAUAAUCACUAGUAUCCAAAAACGGCAAUGGAAGCGUGCUCAUUUCUCCUUUCCCACUCCCUUGCCGGUGUUUUUUUCGCCGGCAACCGAACUCCCGGCGACAUCCGGCUUCUGGGUCGUGGAGAAGUCAAUUCCUACCUGAGACGAAGAAAUCUUUCAGGGCCUUUGAAAGGCUCCUCUGUGUCUUCUCCUAAGGCUCUUGGCUCGAAUGCAGGUGCGGAUACAGAUGAUAUGUAUGACGACUUGUUCAAAAAAUAUGGAAAGGUGGUAUACAAAAGAAAAGACCAACAGUCUCCUACCGCAGAGGUUGACGAUGAUGCUACAAGCUUGUCCUUUGCUGUUGCAGCGGCUAAGGUGGCAAGUGACGUAAAGGCUGCAGAUAUUAAGGUCCUCUUUGUAAAGCCUCUAGUUUACUGGACUCGUUUUUUCAUCAUUGCUACUGCAUUUUCUCGCCCACAGAUUGAUGCUAUUGGGUCCAAGAUAAAAGACCUAGCCGAGGAACAGUACGGAAGAGUUGCUAUUGGGGACACAAAACCUAACACCUGGACUUUGUAUGACUUCGGUGAUGUAGUUGUCCACGUUUUCCUUCCUCCAGAACGGGCUUUCUAUAACUUGGAGGAAUUUUAUGCCAAUGCAACGCCCAUUGACCUGCCUUUUGAAAAUCAACAACCUUUUCACGGCUGAGAAGGAUUCACAAGUUUGUCGAAGGUUUGAAAGGCUUCAUGUUUAACUGAUAUGCAUAGCCAUAACAGUUGCAGAGAUCUGAAUGUUGUUGAUUGGGAAUCUCCUUUCUCAGUUUGCUUGCUCAAGAUGCUGCUGUGCCGUUCAUCAGUUAUAGAGCAGUAGGGACAGUGGUAGUGUACAAGCCAAAAUGUAUUUCUUUUUCUUAUUGUAGCAAAUGACUCGAAAUGACUUGUAAUUUUGUUGCUGCAACAGACACCAUUGGUUAAAGGAAGAGGCUCGAGCCGUUAAUUGAUUCUAA